AGCGUGGAAGCCUUAAGACGCUUAACGAUACAAAGAAAGAAGUAGCUGAGACAUGAAGCAUUUACUACUUCUUUUACUGCUCUCAGUCACCUAUUGCUCUGCCUUCCCUGCAGUGUCCGAGUCCGACAGAGAAGAAGAUGAUGCCAAAUUUGCAGAGGAAUACUUGAAAAAAUACUACAAACUUGAAGGAACGCGUCAGUCAAGAAAGAAAAGCAGUAGUCCGUUCACUGAGAAAAUUCGCCAAAUGCAAGAAUUUUUCGGCUUGGAAGUGACUGGAAAGCUUGAUGCAGACACCAUGGAAACGAUGCAACAACCAAGAUGCGGUGUUACCGACGUCGGUGAAUUCAGCACCUUUCCUGGCCGCCCUGUGUGGCGGAAAAAAGACCUGACAUACAGAAUUUUAAAUUAUACUCCAGACAUGAGCAAAAAUGAUGUGGACAGUGCCAUCAGGAGAGCUUUUAAAGUUUGGAGUGAUGUGACGCCACUGACGUUCACCAGAAUCUAUGAUGGAGCUUCAGACAUUGAGAUCUCAUUUGCUGCACAAGUACAUAAUGAUUUCUAUCCAUUUGACGGGCCACAUGGUACAUUGGCACAUGCCUUUGCGCCUGGAAAUGCCAUUGGUGGAGAUGCGCACUUUGAUGAAGAUGAAACAUGGACACCUGGAAGCAAUGGUUACAACUUGUUCCUGGUGGCUGCUCAUGAAUUUGGUCAUUCACUUGGACUCUCCCAUUCGAAUAACCCUGAUGCUCUAAUGUACCCAACAUAUCAUUACACUGACCCUAGUGAAUAUCAGCUUCCUGAGGAUGAUGUCAAUGGGAUCCAAUCACUGUAUGGAAGGCCAAUUGUGCAGCCAACACAACCAGGAAAACCAACCACAACAACAACAGCAACAACAACUACUACUAAACCGUCGUCUGCCUGUCCAAAUGUUACCUUUGAUGCUGUGACAAUCCUGCGUGGAGACAUGAUAUUCUUCAAAGACCAACAUUUCUGGCGUAAAAUUCCUCAAUUUACCGAAGUCGAAUAUAAUCCAAUAAAGUCCUUCUGGCCUGGCCUUCCAAAUGGUAUUCAAGCUGCGUAUGAAUAUCCAGAAAGGGAUCAAGUUCUCCUCUUUAAAGGGACAAAAUACUGGGUUCUGAGCGGAUACGAAGUAUCAAAAGACUCUCCUAAAAGCAUCUACGAGCUAGGAUUUCCACGAAUCGUAAAGAAAGUUGACGCAGCUGUUUACAACGAUGAAACGGGAAAGACCUAUUUCUUUGUAGAUGAUAAAUACUGGAGCUAUGAUGAAGAAACACAGAGAAUGGACAAAGAUUUUCCUAAAAAAAUAAAUGAAGGCUUCCCUGGUAUUGGAAACAAAGUUAAUUCUGCUUUUAAGACAAACGGAUUUUUAUAUUUGUUUCAUGGAAAUCGUCAGUAUGAAUUCAGCACAUCCAAACGAAGAGUGACACGCAUUUUGAAGAACACUAGUUGGCUAAACUGUGAAAGCAAAAAAUAGUGACUACAGCCAUGCAUUUUAUAUGUUAAUUAUUUUUUUAUACGCGCACCUUGGCUACUAUGUAUUUAACUUAUAAUAAUUGUUUUGUGUAAUAUAUAAUAAAGAAUGCAAUUAUUCAUA